GCUAACUGAAGUGUUUCCUCGCCGUAGGUGGAAGUUGUCAGACAUCUCAACCUGAUGCCUCAUUAGAUAACAGAAGCGUCUAAAAACAGAGACAUUCAGUCAGCAUUGUGUACUUGUGACAUCACAUCAAAAAUGGGCCGGUCUACACAAAAUCAAAAGAAGAACCCGAAGGGUGUUAUACUCAACAGGGUGCUUUACAGAUGAACUGGAACAAAGAAGAGUGAAUGACGAGUUGACAAGAAGAACAUCGAAAGAGGAAAGAGCAGUUAUGAAUGACUCUUUUUUGAAUGAGAACUCUUUUCUGAACAUUUGUGACAAAUGCGAUGACGAGCCAUGUGACCUGAUAGGAAACCUUGAGAAUGAGGUGGUCAUCCAAACGUACAUCUACUCAGUGAUCUGUGUACUCGGCCUGAUGGGAAACCUUUUGGUCCUCAUCACAUAUGCCUUGUACAAGAAGGCAAAAACCAUGACAGACAUCUACCUGGUCAACGUGGCUCUGGCCGAUCUUCUCUUCGUCGUCGCCCUACCGUUGAUCAUCUACAACGAAAGGUACAACUGGGAUAUGGGCACGUGGGCCUGCAAGCUGCUGAACGGAGCGUACAGUAUCAACUUAUACAGCAGCACGCUUCUGUUGGCAUGCAUCAGCAGCGAUCGCUACAUAGCCAUUGUCCAAGCCAGACGCUCCGUUAAGAUCCGACGGCGAGUUCAGGUCUACAGUCGUCUCAUCUGCACAGUAAUAUGGCUGCUGGCUUUGGUGUUGUCUUUGCCCACGUUGAUAUAUUACGAACAGGUAGACGACAUGGACGUCAACGAAUGCAUGCUUGUGUAUUAUGGUUACAAUAAUGCUAAAGUGAUGAAGAUUCUGAUUCCCAGCACACAGAUGCUAAUGGGGUUCUUGGUGCCCCUGAUGGUCAUGAUGUUCUGUUAUUCUUGCAUCAUGGUGACGCUUCUGAAAGCCAAGAACUUCUGGAAGCACAAGGCGGUGCGAGUUGUGCUCACCGUGGUCUUUGUGUUCAUAUUUUGCCAUCUGCCGUACAAUUUGGUACUUCUUGUCCACACCACUAAACUUUUCCAAAUUAGGGAUUGUAAAGGAGAGCGAGACACAUUGAUGAUGUUGUCCAUCAGCAAGAGCGUGGCCUACCUUCACUGCUGCCUGAAUCCCAUCCUCUACGCUUUCAUCGGGGUUAAAUUCAGAGGCCAUUUUUGUCAGAUCAUGAAGGACUUAAGGUGUCUGGGACAAAGAUACUUCUACUCCGGACGCUCCUCGCAGCGGACCUCUGACCUCUACAUAUCAGCUAAAACCGUUGUUGGGUCCAAUAAUGAAAACCCAUCGUCAUUUACAAUGUAAUAAACAGUUUUCAAUAGAUUUUCCCCUCAGGUUGUAAUAUUUUAAGGUUUGUUUGAUCCUUGUCUUGUUUUUUGUCAAUAAGAAAAGGAAAAGAGCUUUCCAUACAGCUUAGAUUAGUAUAGCUUAUAUUGUAUAUAGCUGAAUAUUAGUUUAUAUAUACUGUUUUAUAUAAAUAUAUAUAUAUAUAUACACACAUAUUUUUUGCAGUGUUUGUCCACAGUAUUUGUUGUUGAUCCUUUUUAAUCAGAUACUUUAACUCGUGCAUGACCUUCAAAGCAAAUGCUUAUCGACACGAUCAAGUUACUAUUGUCUAGAAAUCCCAACUAUUAAAAUAUGUUUUGCUAACAUUUCUAUUUAUGAAAACAUCUUUCAAUCUUCCAGAAACAAUGUAAGAAUUACAUUUUUGUAAUAUAUUCAGAACGUUAAGCAAGACAUGUUACGUAAGAGACAUGUUACUCUGUCGCUGCAAAAGGUUUUUUGUAAUAACUUUGUGAGAACGAUAGCCAUAGUUCUGAAAAUAUUCCCUGUUAGCUGAGAAUGUGUGAAGGUUAGAACGCCUUUAACUUGUACUUUGCUUUUUUUUGUUUAACCACAGUA